AUGCUAGAACCUAGCUACAUGUACAUCCAAGCUCAGCACAUUCCCUAUAUCCACAGCACAAGCCAGGACAAGGAGGCGGCUAAGAAAACGGCCAAGCAGCAAGCAUGCAAGCACAUACUGUACCCCUAUAGUACGACAGUCACAACAGCCUCCGGGCCCAUCACCUCCUUACAUGUAAGACAUACCCGACUAUGCUUUGCCAUCUACACCCUCAAGCUCCCCCAUAGCAUGCUAGAUCCUAGCCAAAUCCCGCAGUGGAUUCGCCUACCCCAACCCAGAUCCGAAGCAACACCAAAAUCCAAAUUCAAACAUAGACACAAACACCGUUAUAUCUAUAUCCCUCUAUCUCGUGUUAUCAAUAUCCUCCUCGCUCAGCCCCAUUCUGCACUAGCGCCGGAUUCCCCGCGGCCGUAUAAUCGACCUAUCCUAUCAGAGACCGGCAUAAAAAGCUUGGACAUUAAUGCACGAGAGAUGAAUGCCUAG